AACACGAUGACACCAAAAUGGCAAAUCAGAAACCAAGUUUGACUGAAAAUCUAAACAGUUUUCUCGACGGUCACGUCUAUCCAGAGAAGAAAAUAAUACAUUCCAACCAGCAGGGGCUCAUUGACAGGGCCAUCUGUCCAAUUCUUCACCUCGUGUGUGAACAGGAUGAUCGUUUUCAGACGGACGUCCCGACUACCUCCGACUGUCGCUUCGGCGUGACCGCCAGCGACGAACACCGUUUUGACAUUUUGGUUCCUCUACCAAAUCUCCUCACCGUCAAGAGAUCAGAUAUCCCCGUUGAUGAUGGACGCUGUGUCACCUUCACAGACUCGUGCCAGAGCGACAAUCCAUAUGUGACCCCGUUACAAGGGUUCGGUUACUUGACAACGGACACAGAUGUUACGUUCCUUCAGGAUUUGAGCUGUACUAAUCGGCAGCAAAAGGAUGAUGGACAGGGAUCUCUGCUUCUACCCGGGAAGGUGUUGCGACGUUUUCAUCGCCUUGUGCAAGAAGCGGUCUCCACUUUGGAGAAGAAAUGUUUCUGGGAGAGAGAGCCAACUGUCUAUGAGGUCAAAGUAAACAGAGAAGGCCCAGCAGUAACGUUAACAUUUCUGCUGAAUGGCAACACCUUUAUUGUUAGUCUCAUACCAGCCGUUAAUAUCCAGCAAUGGCCAGAAGGGAUGGUACAGCGCUGGCCACAAUGUGCAUGGAUGACUAUGGACAGACUAGUCUCCCUCAAGUCACAUUUUUAUCUCUUUGCAAUAGGUCCAAAGGGACGAGAAGAUUCUCGCAAGAUGUGGUGUAGCUGUUUCUACCCAGGUGAGAUUCUCCUUGCAUCCCAAGCGGACAUCGGUAGCUCUACCCAGACUUGCCGUCGACAUGCCUUAAAUGCCCUCCUAGCUGUUUGUGAAGAAAACCGAGAGGACUUCAGUCCGGUCGGCGCCCGCAUCAUCCGCACUGUGUUCCUCCAUCAGUGCGUGCAGUAUCCACAAGAUGAAGACUGGGAACCAGGCAAGCUGGGUCGUGCCUUUGUGGAUUUAUUCCUGGCUCUUAUCCAAGCCCUCCUGAAGGGGACCAUUGCGCAUUUUUUCCUGCCGGAGACGAACCUUCUGGCAGCUCACGAUAAAAGAGAUCUUAAGCCUGUGGCUGAUCAUCUUAAAGCGAUUCUCAAUGAUAUUGUACAGCAUCCGGAGAAAACCUACUUUUUAGGAGACAGAAAUGGACGAAAGCAAUACACAAGGUUAAAAACUACAUGUGCUCCGAAGUUCUAGACAUUCACUUGAUUGGCCACACUUAAAGGGUCUGGGUACUUUUUGUUGGACAAAAAAUAAAUAGUCCACAGAUUUACAUUAAACUUACACA